GCACCUUUUUUGUGAAUUAAACGACUGUUUUGUUGCAGGAUCUAUUGGAUAGGAUAUUUCGGCUUUUCGACACCGAGAAGAAGGACUACCUGGUGCAGCAAGACUGGAUUGAGUAUUUGAAAGGAAGACUCACGUGAGGAGGAGAAGCAGCUGGAUUUCAUCGAGCAGGUGGAGAGCGUGGCAUAUGUCCUGGUGGGCAGCGGCGAGCUCACGCCGCACGCCUUCCGACAGAUUUUGCAGAACAAAGUGGUGACGAACAAACUCUUCCGCGUGCUUGACACGGAUGGUGACGGCUACGCCACAGCUGAUGAGGUCAUGGAGUUCCUGUCAGGAGUCUCCAGCAGCAGGCCGCGGGCGGGCUUCGACAAACACAGUGUCGACAGACUGGAACAACUCUUCAAGGAGACCGUUGGUGAAGAAAAGGAGAUCACCAGAGAUCAGUUCAGAAAGAUAUUGGUGUCCAAAAAUCCGUUCUUCACGGAGCGCGUGUUCCAAAUCUUCGACGAGGACGACUCGGGCGCCAUCUCACUGCAGGAGUUCAUUGCGGCGGUGCACCGCUUCGCAGGACAGACGCCUGAUGACAAGAUUCGGUUCCUGUUCGAGGUCUACGAUUUGGAUGGCGACGGCCUCAUCCAGCACAGAGAACUACAGCACGUAAUGCGAGCCUGCAUGGAGGAGAACGGCAUGCAGUUCAGUGACGAACAGCUGCUCGAGCUCACGGGCGCCAUGUUUGAAGACGCGGAUACUGAGAACAGAGGCGCCAUCACUUUUGAGGCGUUGAGGCAUCAGCUGUCCAAGCACGACGGUCUUUUGGAGAAUUUGUCUAUUAGUGAGUUCAGCAACGAGCAGCUGCUUGAGUUGACGGGCGCCAUGUUUGAGGACGCGGAUACGGAGAACAGAGGCGCUAUCACUUUUAAAGCGUUGAGGCAUCAGCUGUCGAAGCACGACGGGCUUUUGGAGAAUCUGUCCAUCAGCACUCAGGCAUCAGCUGUAGAAGCAUCAGGGGCUUUUGGAGAAAUUGUCCAUCAAGUAAGUAAGCAGUACAGCAAAGAGCAGCUGCUUGAGCCCACGGGAGCCAUAUUCGAGGAACAGGGGCGCCAUCACGUUUGA